AUGUUGGAGAACCAAGAGCAGGAGGAGGUGAUCACGGUGCGUGUUCAGGACCCCCGCGUGCAGAAUGAGGGCUCCUGGAAUUCUUACGUGGAUUAUAAGAUCUUCCUCCACACCAACAGCAAAGCCUUCACUGCCAAGACCUCCUGUGUGCGUCGCCGCUACCGUGAGUUCGUGUGGCUGAGAAAGCAGCUGCAGAGAAACGCCGGUUUAGUGCCUGUACCUGAACUUCCUGGGAAGUCAACCUUCUUUGGCAGCUCAGAUGAGUUCAUUGAGAAGCGACGACAAGGUCUGCAGCACUUCCUCGAAAAGGUCCUGCAGAGUGUUGUCCUCCUGUCAGACAGCCAGUUACACCUCUUCCUGCAAAGCCAGCUGACAGUGCCUGAGAUAGAAGCGUGUGUCCAGGGCCAAAGCCGCACGACCGUGUCUGAGGCCAUCCUUCGCUACGCCAUGUCGAACUGUGGCUGGGCCCAGGAGGAGAGGCAGGCCUCCUCUCACCUGGCUACAGGGGACCAGCCCAAGAGUUGCUGCUUUUUUCCAAGAUCGGGCCGGAGGAGUUCUCCCUCGCCGCCUCCCGAGGAAGAAAAGGACCAUUUUGCGGUGUGGGCUCCUGUUGUCGACUCGGAGGCGCCCUCCUCGGAAAGCCCCCCUCCGCUUCCCCCUACCUCACCCUCACGCUGUGACUUUGCAAGACCCGAUGAAGGACCCUGCGCUCCUCCGCCUGUGAGGAGGUCCAUGGGAGGGGACCACGCUGUACCUUUGGAUCCUAGUCAGUUAGAGACAGUUUUGGAAAAGUGA